AUGGACAGUAACAUUGGAGCUCAUGCCGCGAUGACACCAAUUAAUGAGAAUGUCUGUCUUAGUGCUUGUACAAGUAAAGAUGAUUUUGAUAAAUUAAAACAAGGUCUAACAUUACUUGAACAAGCUAAAGUUUAUGAUCAUAAUCGAGAUUAUUAUGCUGCUAUACGUCAUUAUCGUGAUGGAGUUGAUUAUUUAAUGGAUGAAUUCAUGUCUCGUGCAUGUGCUAAUGAACAAUCAAAAGAAUAUCUUCGAAUUAAAUGUCAUAAAAUUUUAAACCGUGUUGAUAUUUUAAAAAAAUUAAUUAAACAACAAGAGCAUGAAACAAUACAAGAAGCUAUAAAUAAUGAUGAACAACAAAAAGAAAGCGAAAAUUAA